AUGGUUAACAAUGAAUAUUUUAAACGUGAAGACCCAAACACUGCUGGAGAUGAUGAAGAAUACAGACAAGUUAUUGAAAAAAAUAACGCAAGAUUAGAUGCAAUAGAAAAGAAGUUUAAUGAAUGUCUUACAAACACGUAUGAAUAUCUUAUGCAGUGGGAAGCCAGAUGGAAAUAA